AAAGCGGAAGAAUAGUAAGCGGAAAGGGGAAAGAAGCAAAACAAGAAACCUUUUUUAGAAAAGGAAAAACAAUUUGGUCUAAUUUCAGUAUGCCAGUUAUGGUGGCUUUGGAAGCUUAUGUUUAUUCAUUAGAAGUGUAGGCUUCAAUAGUAAGUUGUUUAAAAAAUAUAUAUUUGAUACAAAUUACGUCAUACAAUUUCAUAGAUGUAUGUUAUAAGUAUGUAGACUUUAUACUUUAUCUUUUCGUUUGCAACCAUUUCAUAUUUUGUAGCAUCAUUUGCACUGUCUGCAUUGGCAAUUGCAAGCGCUAGUUGCUUCCUCCUUGUUAACAUCGUUUUGUAAUCAUUGAUGGAGUUUGUCUCACCAUAUUUAUCAUAAAGGAAAAUAUUCUCUAAUCAGUGAAUCACUAUUCUAUCAAUUACUACUAAAACUAUCUCCUACACUUACUUACACUUACGUACACACACUCACACACACUGACACUAUCCAGUCUCGGUGACUGUGGUCUGCUGAGUGAUUGUAAAUAGUGGGACUGAAAAUUAAUAGUAAUUUUCCCCUCAUGCCGAUUCCCGUGAAACAAAAAUGUAUCAUUUUUUAGGAUGAUAUAAAUAGCAAAAUUGGAACAGGAGGUUCAUGACAAAGUUGCUGUGUUAUGUACUGGUCUACUACUUCAUUUUGUGAUGUGGCAGACAUCUUUGUUGCCAAGACAGCAGACACAUUAAAAAAAAGUAGUAUACAGAAUGAGAAAAAAGUAGAAAAUUUAUGAGAAUGGUUAAAAAAAUUAGUGUUCCAUUUGGUCUGCGGUGGAAGUAGCAACUCAUUUAUUUUAUCCCUCUCUCACUCUCUAACUCUAAAUACGCUGCAAGAAGUGUCAAUGACCUGCGGUUGCUCCCUUCCCUUAAUUAUCGCUAUAUCUCGGCGCUUGCAAAAUCUCCACUCUCCAGUGUGCUAAUUGCACAAUAUGGUGACAAUUCCAAAGCGUAAAAAUGAAGAAAAAGGAUAAAUAUUAUAGAAAAAUUGAAAACCCAGUCUCGUCAGAUUCAGAUACAAUUUUACACACUUAAUACAGGUUCCACUAAAAAAUAAAACCAAAACAUUGUCAGUAAUUUGAAAAUACAUUGAUCAAUAUGACCAGACUUCUGCAACACUCACUCCACAUAGUUUUACCUCGCUUUCAAAAAUUUAUGCAAAAUUACCAUACUGAAUCAUCAAUCUUUGUGUACCUUUGUAAACAAACUAAAGUUCUUUAUACAAAGAAGCACGUCAAAUGCCUCAUGACACUCCUAACUAAAAUCGGCCCAAUCCUAUAUUCCAGAGUUGGCUAGUUAAAUUUAAAAAGUCAACUGAAAAACAUAAAAAAAUAACAACUUUCACAUAGGUAUACAUGUUUGUUAGUGUUAGGGCUACAAAUAAAUUAUAUGCUUAUGUAUAAUUUAUGAUUACCCAGUUCAGGAGUCUUUAAGAUUGAAUUAUGAAUAGCCUAAGUAAAUUAAGUAUUAGUUAAUGUAUAGGGCUAUACGAUGAAUAAUGACUUACACUUACAUUCAUUUUAUUCAUAAGACAUAAUUUUUAGAAAGUUACUAAAAUACUCUUCUGUCUCUACCCUGACAUGUUAUUGCUACUUACCUUAGUAUAAAGUUGAUGAUGUCAGGAUGAAAUUAAUUUGAUUAGUUAUGUAAACUAAAUUUCUUUUUAUGUCUACUCAGGGAUUAGGUAGUUUACUGGGGUAGGGGGGCAGGGGGGGGGAGGGGUGGUGAACAUUUUCAUUAAUUUUCAAAUCAGAUAAUGCAAACACACUCAAAGUAAAGAGCAAAAUAAAAAAAAAAUUACAAAUUCCUUGACUGCUCUUCAUUAGGUUUUAUAUAAAUAUCAUUUAACAAGAGUAAAAUCAAUUCAAGCGAGUCAUAUAAUUUUGUUUUCAAAUCACUCAAAUAAAUAACUAGUCAGUUGAAAGUCAAGACACCACAGAUCACUCACACAUCAUCAAAUUUUGACUUAAAAAACACUUUAGCUGUUAUUAAUUUAAUAACACCCACUGACCACACGUUUUUUUUUUGUCUUGCCGAGCUGUAAAUAUUCAAAUCACAAACCUCCUAGAGGCUAGGGUGAGACAGUAUUCUCCAGCUAUUUAAGCAUGUUCACAAGAUUUAGGUGUGUGAGGUUUCAAAUCCAGUUACCAUUACAAGUCACCAGAGAAUAACUGUCCCCUUCUCAUGGUAUAAACGGUCAAAUUAUGCUGGUGGCAAAACGGAAUGGAUGCACAAAAAUUCCAGUAGUGGGAUUAAACCCAAGACAUCCACGGAAUUAGAAUAACACUCUAGCCAAUUUUCUGGUGAUUACAUCUUCUGGUUAUAAUUAACAAUCAACUUUGAUUUCCCUUAUAAAGAAUCUGAGCUCUGACUUGCAACACAACAUGUCUUUUUAUACUUCAUUACAAAUAAUUUUAGGCUUUAAAUUUCUUAUUGACUAGUAUUGUUUUUCUAAAACUUAGAAUUUAAAUUGGAUAAUUUUUUUUUUUUUUUGUUUUGUUAGAAAUGUACACUUUACCUGCUGUAUAUUGUAAAUAAACCUGUUAUUACCACUAAAUAAAAGGGAUGUGGUUAGUUGGAUUAGCUAAACUUUAUUGACAGUUUUUGCUUUCCCAAACACUGGACUUGAAUAAACUUAAGUAAAGAUGGCAAUAAAUUAAUUGAAACAUUUGCUUUAUCACCUUAAGUCCUCAAAGGAAUACAACUUGAGAUUGUCCUUGCUAUAAACCAAAACAAUCUUCCUUAUACAGCCAUUGAAUGUGUUAUUUUAUUGAUUUGUAAAAACUUUAGUAUUUUAGCAGUAUAAUUUUAAGUCAUUAAAGAAGAACAAUUGAUAAGUCAUUAUAUGGGUGCCAUUUGAUAAGUUAUUCCUAGUUUAGUGACAAAUAAAUUUAAGAAAACAUGUAAAAAUAACAAUUGUUUUCCUCCUCUUAAUCAACACCAAUUCUUGAUUUUAAAAAAAAAAAAAAAAAUUGUUUCCAAUCUUCAUUAUUUAUUGAGAAAAAUUUAUUUAAAUUUUAGAGAAUAGAAUUGCAACUUUAUUUAUUUUUUCUUCUUGAAACAUUAAGUCUUUAAGUUCAUCUCUUGUCACUUUUAAUGAACCUUAUUAAAUUAUUAGUUCAUUGUCACAUACCAUGUGGGAAAGUAAAUUAAUUGCAUUUUUUGGGGUUUAUUUAGCUAAUCAUGGCUAAGCACAUGACCCCACUUAAUGAGGAACUACUUUCUACUGGCAGUGUCAUUUAAAAAAAUAAUAAAAAAUUGCCCCAUUUGUUUCUUGGAAAUAGGACAUUUUCUUUUCAUUGUAAUAGAAAAAUUAAAGUACUAUUUUCUAUAUGUUAACCUGUUCAUUUGGUUGAGCCUCUGGCUAAGUUAUUUUGUUUCAGAUUGUUGUAAAAUAUAUUGAAUAAUGAGUUCAGAUUAUACACACUUGGGUGGGUGGUGAACAUGUCAUGAUUUAGGGACAUCACUGUGAGUUGAAUUUUAAAUAUGUUUUAAAACUCUGUAGAUAAUAAAAUAAAAUGUAAAAAUGCAAAUGUAGCAUUGCAUAAUGUCACCAUUGUUGAUUAUGUUUGUGUUAUUCUUGCUGGACAUAUAAGUUUGCUUUAUCCUUGCAUUACAUAGCAUAUUAUGUUAUUGUAAAUCAUUUAUGUCACUAGGUAAUAAAUGAUGGAUUUUUACAAAAAAUGUAAAUGAAAAGAAAGUAUGGAUGUUUUUGUGUAUGGUUGUGUUUGCUGAUCCCUGAACUCUGACCUAUUUCAACUGAUCUGUGGACAUAUUUUGCAUGUCCCUCCUUUUUUUAUUUUUUUCAAAUUGACCCUGCCAGUUUGAAACCCACUGCUUCAUACCACAAACUGGCCAAUUAGACUCAGCACACCAUUACAUUUAAACUAAAAAGCACUUCUUUUUCCACUCUAAUAUUUGAGACUGUGUUUCUAUAUCCGUGUAAUUGAACAUGUGAGUGACUGCUGGGCAAACAAGGAAGUGAAAUCCGUCCCUACAGAGAAGCAUGAUUUGAUGCAUACACAUAUAACAUUUAUUUAAGUGGGAAGUUAGUUUACUGCAUGCACUUGUUGGGUCCCUGGCUGUUUGAUCAAUUAUCCGUUUAGGUUGCCCCAUCUGCUAUAACACGUCGGUUAAGUUACGGUUGUCUCAUCUGUUAUAGCACUUCAUUUAAGUUAUAGUUGUCUCUUCUGUUAUAUCAUAAAUCAAAUUUACCUAAUAUAUAUAUAUCUAUCCUGUUUAAAAAUGAAUAUUUUCGUCUUCUUUUUGUACUGAUGAAGGCAUUUGCCAUAACUUGUACAUUUUUUUUCUGUGUAACCAGUAUUAAAGCUUAACCUAUAUUUUAUUAACACCAAUUUUCUGCAGCUCAUUAAUCUACUUGAAAGCUCUAUCGCAGCUCUAACACUUUUAUAAUUAGUGGAUACAAGUAACUUCAAUGGGAAGUGCAUUGUUAUUAAUGGGUUAAAGGACUUGCUGUUGUAGGAUGUUAAACCAAGUGGCUAGGGAGGAUCCAAUUUAUUUAAUCAGUUUUAUGAUUAAAAGUUGGAUAUGGAUUUUGUCAGGAGGCGGUAGCUGGGUUACAGAGAUAUUUUUGGCCUGACAGUUUUUUCUAAGAAAAUAGUCCAUGGUUAAAACAACAUUUGGAUGGCUCCAUUGGUUAAACUUUGGCAUUAUGGGACAUUGGACUGACAGGAUUGAAUUUAUUUUUUUGAAACAAAAAAUUCACAAAGUUCACUAUGCAAUAAAAUAAUAUGUACAUUUUUUCACAUAUACUAUAAAUAUUUAUUGAACGAAAAUUCUUUGUUUUUGCCUGUCAUACUAUAUUUUGCUGCUCAACACCCCCCAAACCCCCCCCCCCCCAAUGAUGGCUAUAAUCAGUUACAUAUUCUUUGUUUUUGCCUGUCAUACUAUAUUUUGCUGCUCAACACCCCCCAAACCCCCCCCCCCCAAUGAUGGCUAUAAUCAGUUACAUAUAAUAUUUUAUCUUGUGUAACAUCAAGCAUUUUUGCCGCAUGCUUUUAAAACCCAUGAGACUAUUACCAUGGCUGUUAUAUCCUUAAAACCCAUGGGAAAACUACUACUUGCUAUUAUAUCCUUGCCUUACUGUAUAACCAUCUUCAAUCUCAGUUGUACUCCAUAUGGCAGUAUUUUUAUUCCUUUAUUGUUCAACAGUACUAUUUUAUACACCACACCUUAUGGCAUGCCUACUGGCUGAACUGUUGUGAACCAACCUAUUGAUAAUAAAUAAGCACAAGCUAAGCUACACAUACAUUUUGUGUCUGUUUAUAAGCUGUAUACCACUUGGUUAUAAUAAUUCUUCUUUUAUAAACACAGCUUUAAAUUGACAUUUUUUUCCUUCUUAUUAGAGCCAAACCAUGGGUUUUGGCAAGGACAUGAAAGGAAAGCUAUCCCAUGAUGCAUUGCUGCGCAUACAAGAUGCCGAGAUUCGCAUGCUGGAAUCUUUCCAGCAGUUCAUCAACCAUCGGGUGGACAAUGACAGGAAGUAUGCCAUGGGUCUGGCAAAGAUGUUGGCUACCGCCUCCAAAUCCAGUGUAGAGAACUCUGAGUUUAGAGAAUGCUGUACUGUUUUUAAGGUAUUCUCACUGCAGUUCCUGGUUUCUUUUUAUUGUUCAAACUUGCUUUUAUAUUUAAUCUAUUAUAAUUCUUUAUUUGUAAAUGUAUGUAAACUUAUAAUAAAAAAAUAUUGCUAUUAAUAGUUUUGAUUCAUACAAACUAAAAACAAAUGUACUCUUGAAAGAUAUGAUAUCAUCUAAAUAGAAACACAACUAACAGCGACAUCAAGUUUGCAACAUAAGAACUUUUGAGAGAAGUCCGGGAAAAUUGACAUCAAGGGCCUAUCCCUAUUGUCACAGCACUGUGUGUUCCUGUGAUGGGUCCAACUUCUGACUAAUGAUGUGUAAUUUGUGUCUUUGGGAAUUCCCCACGGAACACAGCAUGCACCAUUUGAUUAAACCAUUACACAUCCCAAACACUUUCCUUGCACCACCUGGAUCUUCCGAUCCAGGCACUUCCACCCUGUACAAUCCCGGGAACACAUCUAGCAAAAAACAUUUCAAAAUAUCUUUCAUAAUUCUGACAGCUCACCACUUAUGACAAACAAAGUCACAUUACUACAAUAAGUCUUGUCAAGCUGAUCGAAAUGUUUCAAUUUGUCUUUUUAUAAUAUUUUUUUAAAACCAUAACCGUUAGCAGUAUAAUUUUAACUAAUGCUCUGUCAAUAAUCUAAACAUAAUAUACCUAUUAUUUUUUUAGACUUUAACAGCAGAUUGCUCAAUAAAUUUUAAACAUGACCAUUAUUAUUACAUUUCUAACUAAGGCUCUGCAAAUGACCUAAACAAAAUAUAUGUAUAAUUUAUUGAGAAUGCUACUGCUCACUAAGUUUAAACAUAAUUGAUAAAACAACCUAGAAAACUUUAAAGCACCUCACAAUGACAAGAGAUUAUAAUAAUUGUUGACUGUUAUUGAUACACUUCUUUGGCUCAUCUCUUUUCUUUUGCCUUACAAAAGCACUUAAGGUGUAUUUAACAUUUUGCUGAGCUGACGGUGCGGCACAAGUAAGCUAGUUGUGUGUUUGAGCUAAUGGUGCUGCACAAGUAAGCUAGUUGUGUGUUUGAGCUAAUGGUGCGGCACAAGUAAGCUAGUUGUGUGUUUGAGCUAAUGGUGCUGCACAAGUAAGCUAGUUGUGUGUUUGAGCUAAUGGUGCUGCACAAGUAAGCUAGUUGUGUGUUUGAGCUAAUGGUGCUGCACAAGUAAGCUAGUUGUGUGUUUGAGCUAAUGGUGCUGCACAAGUAAGCUAGUUGUGUGUUUGAGCUAAUGGUGCUGCACAAGUAAGCUAGUUGUGUGUUUGAGCUAAUGGUGCUGCACAAGUAAGCUAGUUGUGUGUUUGAGCUAAUGGUGCUGCACAAGUAAGCUAGUUGUGUGUUUGAGCUAAUGGUGCUGCACAAGUAAGCUAGUUGUGUGUUUGAGCUAAUGGUGCUGCACAAGUAAGCUAGUUGUGUGUUUGAGCUAAUGGUGCUGCACAAGUAAGCUAGUUGUGUGUUUGAGCAAAUGGUGCUGCACAAGUAAACUAGUUGUGUGUUUGAGCUAAUGGUGCUGCACAAGUAAGCUAGUUGUGUGUUUGAGCAAAUGGUGCUGCACAAGUAAACUAGUUCUGUGACUGAGCUGUUGGUGCUGCACAAGUAAGCUUGUUCUGUGUCUGAGCUGAUGAUGCUGCACAACAAAUUAGCUUCUUCUUUUGUCUGCGCUGAUGUUGCUGCACAAGUAAGCUUGUUCUGUGAAUGAGCUGAAGGUGGUGCACAAGUAAGCUAGUUCUAUUUCUGAGCUGAUGGUGCUGCACCAAUAAGCUUGUUCUGUGAAUUGGCUGAAGGUGGUGCACCAAUAAGCUAAUUCUGUGUGAGCUAUUGGUGCUGCACCAAUAAGCUUGUUCCUUGACACAUGUCUGUAACUAUUCCGUGUACCAGGCAUGGGAUGUGAUACUGAGGGAGACUGACAACCUGAUGAAGGCCAUCAAGGCCAACUCUGACCACUUGUCAUCCAACACACUGGACGUCCUUGGUCAUCUCAUCAAUGAGAAAAAACUGGCCAGGAAGAAAUACAUGGACGAAAGGCUGAGGCUGGAAUUAAACUUCAACAGGGUGAGUUGUCCAUGGAUUAAUUUUUUUUUUUACAAACUUUGUCGUUAUGUUUAGAGAUAGUGGUACACAUCUGAGCUGUCAAGUUGGGUAUGCACAAAAUUGCUACUAAACAUAUACUUUUGUUAAGCUCAACAAAUCAGAUAAUAUUUUGUUUGCAUAAAAGUAAAUCUAAGCAAACAUCUUGGUUGGGUUCAGUGUAACAGCAGAAUCAGAAAGUAAUGUUUAGCAUAAAUGUUGAUCCCAAACAACUCUUUUUUUUCCAUUUAACUCCUCCUGGCUAAACUAGUUUUCUAAAUGAACUCUAUUAUUUUUUUUUUAAAUAUAUAUAUUUUUUAACCUUAAACACCCCCCCCCCCCUUUUUUUUUCCACCCUUUUUCCAAUGACCUUCUGGCAACUAGCAUUUCCAUAGCAAUUUCUAUUUGACAUGUAUGACCCUUUCCUUUAGUUGAUUGAGUCUUCUUGUGCUGACCUUAAAGGUCGCCUGAGUGGAUGAUGCAGAGUUACAGCUCCAGUAUUUUGGGUUAAGGGAAAGGUGUGUGUGAGUGGGUGGGGUGGGGAAUGGGGAAAUAAGAAGAUGUGAUUUAUUGGUUUUAUCCCUGGGUAAAGGGCCAUCACUGUAGCUGGUAUUUUGUAUGCAUUUCUUGUUUUAAAAAAAAAAUAAAAAAUUACCAAUUAAAAUGGUCAUGCCCAGUAUUAAAAAAUAGAAAAUAAAAAAAAAAUUAUUAAAAAAAAAAAAAAAAAAAAAAAAAAAAUUUAUUGGUUUUAUCCCUGGGUAAAGGGCCAUCACUGUAGCUGGUAUUUUGUAUGCAUUUCUUGUUUUAAAAAAAAAUAAAAAAUUACCAAUUAAAAUGGUCAUGCCCAGUAUUAAAAAAUAGAAAAUAAAAAAAAAAUUAUUAAAAAAAAAAAAAAAAAAAAAAAAAUAACCAAUUAAAAAGAUAAUACACAGAAAAAAAAAAAAAAAAAAAAAAAAAAAAUUAUAAAAAAAAAAAAAAAAAAGAAAAAAGACUAUCUUCUAAAGAUGAUUUUAAGCACACUUAAGUGUAGAAAUAAUUUUCUUAAAAUUUAUUACACAAGGAAAUGCUGUACAGAAAAUAUUGCCAAAAAAUUAUAAAAAAUAAAAUGAAUAAAUAGACAUUUCAAGUACAUUUAAUUUGAAUUCUUUGGCCUCGUAGAGUGAGUGCCUUACUACCCUACUGCACAUACCUUCUUCAUGUAAUGAAUUUAAUAAAAUUUUAAGAAAAUCAUUUUCUACAUUUUAGUCUGCUUAAAAAAGAAAGUAUUUAAAAAAAAAAAAGAACAUGAAAAUGACAGCCAUGAAAAUGUUUAGAUUUUGUCUAUAAACAAGAUGAUUAUUUUACACAUACUUUUCAGUCACUUAGCCACAAGUUUUUCUUCCUUUAUACUUAUUAGGUACCGGUACUAUUGUCUCUAAGUGGAAGUUAACUGAUCAAUUUUGACUUUUCAGACUCAAAGUGAGCUUGAUAAAAACAGAUCAGAGUAUCUCAAGUCAGUGGAGAGGUUGAAUUCAGAUAAAUCCAAGUUUUUAGAGUUGCAGUCCAAAGGUGAAGGCUAUUGCUCUUUCCUUUCUUCCCUGCACAUUUCCUAUUUUAUAUUUAGAAUUUAGUAACACUUUUUAAAAAAAACAAACACAAACAUCUACUUUAUGUCCUUAACACUUGUAUAUAUUUUUUUUAAAACCUUAUUUUAUUUCUACUUAACAAUUUAAAAAUAAAGAUGGUGGAUUUUUAAAAAAUAUUUUAGCCAACAUUUUUUUUUUUUAAAGUGGAAAAUGACAAUUAAAUUUGUCAAAUAAAAAUAAUCCUUUUAUUUAUUUUCUCUAAGAGCAACAAACUGUUCCAAAUGAAAAAAAUUUUAAUUUUUUUUUCUAACAUCAUAACAUAUAGAAACACAUACAAUUUCAUAGAUUCAUUACAUUUAUAACGUUCCAGGUAAAGGAGGACCCAAGGUGGAUGAAUACAAAUCCAAGUUCUUCCGCUCAGCUGUCCGGCUACACAAGUUACACAAUGAGUACAUCCUUUCAGUCAACACAGCUCUGGAGCACCAGAAUAUGGUGCGGGAAACCAUACUUCCUGCCGUCUUGGACUGUCAUCAGGAUGGGCAGGAAACUCUUGUACAUAAAACGUAAGCAUUAUGAGGUGUACACAUCUCUAUUAUAUUGUGUGUCACACAAACAAAAUUUGUUUAAAAACCAUGUUACGUUACAUCAUUCUAAAAGUGCAUUCACACUGCUGAUUUGUUUCUGAGAUUCUCAACCAGGUAUGCUCUUGUGUAGGCUUUUGUGUUUGCUUUUGUGUUUGCUUUUGUGUAGGUUGCUGUGUGAGCACUCAUGUAGGCUGCUGCAAUAAAAGUUGUGCGAGUUCUGAGAACUCUUGCGACUCAUUGUAACAAAAAUGGGGCCAUUAAGGUUUGAUUAUUAUGGGUUUGGUGAGUGUUCCAGCAUAUUGUCUUUCUGCUGGCAAUAGGCAACAACAAUCUUAUAACUUAUUUUUUAUGCACAUCUGUUGUCACUGAUGGGUCAGUAGUAUAGUAACUGGUAUAAAGUAUUGUGGUCACCAGAAAAAACAAAAAACAUGACGAAUUUUAUAUCAGCUGACCUGUUUACACAUUUUAAAUAUUAUUUUUAUCCGAUAGAAGCCAUAUUUUGUAAUGCGAAGAUUAACAUUUGUGAAAUAAAUGCCAAGUUUGAUUUUUUUGGAGUGGGCAUGACAAGAAAAGAUUUUAGAGGAACAGUGUCUUGUAAAUGAAAAAUGUCGUUGACCGUUGCACUAGCCCAUAUUGAUACAUUUAAACAAAAGUUCUUCAUAGUUUUGGCUGCUCACUGUGAACAUAUAUAUAUAUGGCAUAUCCCUGUCAACUGUAGAUUGUAGGCAUCGCCAAAUAUCAGUGGGUUCUCGACAUAGAUUGACCACUGAAUUUUGUGGCCUCAACAAGUCCCCAAAGUGAAUGCCUUAAGAAAUCUUCAGAUUUUCUGAAAGAAAUUUUUUUGCUCAAUGAAUUAUAUGCUAUUAGGAUUGUCAAGGGUAAUUCAAUUUUACUGAUGCAUCUUUAAAGAACUGUGCUUUAUAAACAAAGAAAAUAAGUUUAGUUUCUAAUACAUGUAAUCCAUUUUAUUUGUUUUUUAAAAAAAUACUAUUCAUAUUUUACUUGUGUUGGUUUGAGUUGUUUUUUACAAAUGAUUUUCGUAACAAUAUAUUUUUUUUCCUCCUGACUUUAAGAGAUAUCUAAAUAAAACUAGUCAUGGUUGAAGGGAUCAUCUUGGCUAAUAAAGGGAUCAUCUUGGCUAAUAAAGGGAUCAUCUUGGCUAAAUGAAAUUGAUAGAAAAAGUCAUGGUUACACAGGUCACCUUACAAUAAUUGUUUAGCAUCUUAUAUUUGUUUCCUACUUUUCUGAAGAUCAGAGACCUAAAGAAGAUUUGUAUAGUUUGAACUUUGAAACUGAAGAUUCAAUUGAGAAAUAAUAAUACAUUUUCUCUUGUUACUUAAAAUAAUAGCUAUCUUUGUUAGGGUUAAAAUAGCUAUCCCUUUUGGGGUUAAAGCAUCCAUCUUUUUUGGGGAAAUACGUAAGGCAUCAUUUCCUUAUUUCAUUGACAAUUUAAACCCCUGUCAUUUGUGUCUAUACUAAAUGACUUCUUAUUGUCUCCAGGAAGUAUGUGCUUAAUGACUACCUGAAGUACUCGGACACAUGCAGUGACCAGUUCCAGUCAGUCACCACCAGCAUUGGUGAUGCAAUACAUGCAAUACGGCCAGGGGAGGAGUAUUCCAGUACAUUCAUAGAUUUACACAAGUGAGUCAUUCCAGUAUAUUCAUAGAUAUACAAAGUGAGUCAUUCCAAAACAUCAACAGAAUUACACAAGUGAGUCAUUCCAAUACAUUCACAUAUUUACACAAGUAAAUCAUUCCAGUAUAUUCAAAGAUUUACACAAAUAAGUCGGUUUAUUAAGACAUUCAAAUCUGUGGAAGGUUUAAAAUUAAAUUAAAUAGCCGUAAAAACUUAAUGUACAGUGACUAAAGAAGUAAACCAUUGCCAUGCUGAUGUGCCAAUUUUUUGUACAGAUCACCUCUCCCGCCACCAUUAGAGUUUGUUUUUGAUGUCAAGCUGUUAGAUGACUACCAAGGUUCUUUGAAAGCAAAUGUGAUUGAGAUCAACGACCUCACAAUAGAAGCUUUACAGCAGAGGUAAUUAGUAAACAUUGUCAUAGCAGAGGUAAGGGGUGAAUGCUGUUAUAGCUUUACAGCAACGGUAAAGGGUGAAUAUUGUUAUCGCUUUACAGCAGAGGUGAGUGGUUUAAAAAUUGUUAUAGCCUUGCAGCAGAGGUAAGGGGUGAAUAUUGUUGUAGCUUUACAGCAGACGUAAAGGGUGAAAAUAUUGUUAUAUGAUGAGAAUUGCUAAAAGAUUUAUUAUUAUUUUUAUUUUUUUGAUUCUAACUUUUAUUCAAAUUUUACAGAUGUAGUUUUGUUAAUAUUUUAUUUAUUUAUUUAUUUUUUUAAAAUGUUUUUUGUAAAAAAAAAUAAAAAAUAGAUAUUACUAAAGCUCAGUUCACAUGAUAAAUUUUUCAAUCAUACAUCAGAUGUGAUUUUUGUAAGAAGUUUUUGUCUCUACUGUCAAUUACUAUUCAAAUACAUUUUUUCGAACUAAUAUUAUUACAUGAGAUCCAUAUGAGGUGUGCACAUAAAAAUAAAAAAAGUUGUCCUUUACGAAUGAGUUUACAUUGACGAUGCUAUGUUGUUGAAACAAUCACAGCCCCCAUAUAAGAAUUAUUGGCUUGAAAAUAUAUGUAAUAAUUGUUUAGAAAUAUUAGACAGUAAAUGAGCAUAGAGCUUAAAGUCAUUAAAACUUAUUUAUAAUUAGGCUAAUUAUUGAAAUUGUACAUUAGGAAAUGGCCCUCCCCAAAGCACCCCCCAACCUGAGUUAUCGGGCAACAAUGCAGAUUUUCCACAGCUGGUAGCCCUGUAGAUGCUAUCAUUUACAGCCAUACCAUGCAUGCCCUUUGACUGCCCAUGCAGGCGCACACAAUGGUGGUUUUGUGCCCCAGGAAGCGUCAGGGGGUCAGAGGCGGCACCUCUUUGGUUGGCAAGCCACUACAGACUUGUCAACCAGAGCGGAAGGGGUUGGGAGGAGGCUAUUUACUAAUAAAGCCUAUUCUAUACUAUAACUAUAACCCUGUAACACAAUAUAGGUAGUGCAGUCUGACUGUUAUUUACAUCUGCUACAGCUAGCAUCAUGACUGUAUCUAUUACCAUCUUGGUCAAUGAUUGAGACAAAUAAAAAAAUCUACCAAGUCUAAAGUCUAACUGACUCACUCUAAGAAUUUUUAUUCCAACACAUUACUUGUUACUUGUAGCAGACUAAAAACAUUUCUUAUAUUAAGUAAUAAUAAAAAUUUAACUACAAGAAUGGUUUUGGAGCAAGCUCUUUUUGGACAAACUCCGCUCCAAAAAAAUUUCUGUGAGUUUGAGCUCCACUCCGACAAAACUAAAUAGGUCUCGAGGUGUUGGGGAGUGUUUAAAGAUAUAUGUUUGUUGUGACUUACCCAUCCAGAUCUAAUUUAGCAGGCAAUAGAACUGCAUGUACCAACAACAUAACAGGUAGAAGAGUCUGGCAAUAUAGCUAAUGGAAUGGUAAGGCAACAUGUAAUAGAGUGGGUCAAUGUAGCAAUAGAAUUAUAGGGCAUCAAGUUCAAUAAAUUAGAUCUGGUUAAAAAAUGCAACUUAUACUUCUAGUAUUUUUAUUUUGUAUCCAUUAUUAAUUUUAAAAAUUAGAGCUCAGAUCAGUAAGAAAUUUUUCUAGCUCAGGUUCUGUUUAAAAAGAGACUGCUCCAGAACUGGGAUUCUGAAUCCCUGAUUACAAGUAACAAUUAGAAAUUAAAGUCUCAAAUUUUGUCUUUAUGGACUUUACUAUGGGUCAAUUAUUAAAUUGUAUGUCUAUGGCAACUUACCAUAGAAAACAUGAAAUCUUAGGAUUGUAUUAUUGGUGAAACUAAUGUAGACCACUAUUUUACUUCUUUUGUGGAAGACGGAAGCACUUGACUUUACAUAAUACAGACUGAAAUAGACACACUUGACAUUUAUGAAGGACACUGUUACCUUGUUCAAGUAGAGUAAAGCUCUGUUGCACAUUAAAAUUACCUUGCUCAAAUAGAGUAAAGUUCUGUUGCACAUUAAAAUUACCUUGUUCAAGUAGAGUAAAGUUCUGUUGCACAUUAAAAUUACCUUGUUCAAGUAGAGUAAAGCUCUGUUGCACAUUCAUAAAUAAAGUUGAUUAAGAAAAGAAAAAUUUAGUAUAAUUUUUUUUCACUGAUUUAAUUAUGAAUUUGUGUGCUGUUUCAAAAGUAAUGAUCAUUUACCAGUAGAGCAUAGGCCAUUAAGUAUUUAUUUUAAUAUCCCUAGAUUAUUCCAGAACAUGGGUGGGCAAACUUUUGUGUGUAUUCCAGAACAUGGGUGGGCAAACUUUUGUGUGGAGGGCCACAUAAACAUAUAUAAAGCUUUGGGGGGGGGCCACCUGGAUAUUAUGUCCAAUUUUUACAUGUCGAUAAACAUUUCUCUAAAUUAGAAUCGUUAAAUUCGCAAUUUAGCAUUACAUGGCAAAAGUCAAGGACUGUUUAAAAAUUUUAAAAUUAUAUUAAAUUUGAUCAAAAAUGUUAAAACAAUCAUAACGGUACAUGAAAUUGUGUAAAAUUCAACAAAAUAACUUUAAAAUAAAGUAAUUUUUUUUAUUUUUAACCCUCUAUUACACAAUUUUAGUUUUUUAUGGCAAAAAAAUUUUGAUUGCAUACUUCAUAGUUAUUGGACUUAAAUAAACCGAAUAUGCAAGGAAAAUACGUUUUUAAAAUAAAAUAAUGAUUUUAUUGGUAAAGUUCAGAAAAGUAAAACUGAACCAGAAAAGGAAACGAUAACAAUAAUAUUUUUAAAAGGUGAAUAUUUAAUCAUUAACACAAACAAUGGUAAACAGUACUUAGCUUACAAGCAUAUCUUCAUAUUAUGCUUUUAUAUCAUGAAAAAGAUCAUUAUAAAAAUCAUAUUUUAUAAGCAUUUUUUACACAAAAAUAUAGAAAAUCAUGUCAUCAAUAUAUAGAGCAUAUAGAGGGACAGUAAAUAUUUAUAUACAUAUGUGAAAUGCAGGUUUAAUGCUGGUGGAACUGUUGGAAGCAGUGUGAACUUUACAUUUUUCACAUUUUAUUCUUGAAAAAUCCUUUGCAUCUUCCUUUGUUUUCAAGUGGCUCAGGAAAGUGGCCAAUAUAAUCACCUCUUACUGGUAAGGGUGGAACAGCUGCAGUAGGACCUCUCAGAUUUUUAGCCGCAAGUUGAGGCUCUUUAUCUAAUGAAGGACUGCCAAGUGGCCCGGUAACUGAUAUUAUGCGACCCUCUAAGGCAUUUAAUGGAAUGAGAAUUUAAGAUAUUUUGAAAGUUUCUAGAAAGUUGCAAAUUAAUGAUCCAUUAUUAUUUCCUAUGCCAAUGGUUGACAAACUCAUUAUUUAAAAGAGGCAAAUAGCAGCAGGAUGAUUAAACAAAUUUUGAGAGACAAAUUUCUUGUCAAGAACCAUGAUUUUUGAGUCAAAACCGAUUUGCUGCUGACUGGCCGCGCCGCACUCAGGAAUGGGAUCCCAUACUUGGGAAUGGAAUGCCUUUUAGAUAGGAUUUUAUAAAUGUGUCUUUUAAAUGUUAGCGAAAGGGCUAAUGAAAUGGUUUUUUAUAUUAACUAAUGAUUAUAUAAAAAACUGGAAUCACUGGAAAACAAAUAAUGAGAUUUUUAUGGUGACAUUAAUAUACGUGUAUUAAUAUUUAAGAGCUUAGAAAUUUUUUAUUUACGUGCCUGGUAUUUUACCAUAUACAAAUAUGCCAUGUGAGUGUUAUAAUAGUUUUUUUGUAUAAAUUGCUGAAAUUUCCUCAGAUUAUGCUAUCAAUACUAUUAACUAUGCUAUAAGUAUAGUACUAUCUCUUAUAUUAUUAUAUAUUACGCUACUGGUAUGACUCAUGGACUGAAUCCUAAUGGACUGCUUCCUCAUGGACUGCUCUCUAAUGGACUGCUUCCUAAUCAGCCAAUUUGGUAUUGAGAAUAUAUUACAAAUAAUUUGAAAUGCUUGAAAGAAAGUAUGGUUCAAUAAGAGUUCAAUAGUUUGCAAAAUAUAAUUCCCCGAUAACUACUCUAAAUGUUAUAUUUUCAAAAUAUUUUCUAUAUAACGCAACUGCGCUUGGUGCAUAAUAUAAAUUGUCUCAAUUUAAGGAUAGUGUAAAAAAUGUUCCGUUUAAAAGUGGUAGGGAAAUCAUAAUGUUAAAUAUAGUUCAUGGUUGUGAAAUAAAAAGUGUGCAGUGAUGUAUCAUGGGGAAAGGGGCUUAGCAAAAAUCGGGAUUCUUAAAUGUGCGUUACUUGAGUUCAUGUUUUGUCGAGUAACUUUAAUAGAUGUCAAUUUUACGCAUUGCUGUUGCCAAUGUAUGGCGGGCUAUAUCUAGUGUUCUAGAUUACUAGUUUUUGGUGUAUCAGAAAUGGUAUCUACACCAUGAAAGUAUGAGAAACUUGAGCAUGUCGUGUUUUCAAAUAUUUUAAUCGUAGUGGAAUUUAUUUCAAUGCCCUUCAUUUUGAUAAAACAGCUGAAACGUCGCAUGAACAAAAAAGUAAUACUGUGAUUGGUUAUCCCAGAAAUUCUCAUUUUUCUCACAAAAAAAAAAAAAAAGACGCCACACACACACAAUAGUGCAAUCAUAUAAAUUUUCAAAUAUUUUAAUCGUAGUGGAAUUUAUUUCAAUGCCCUUCAUUUUGAAAAAACAGCUGAAACGUCGCAUGAACAAAAAAGUAAUACUGUGAUUGGUUAUCGCAGAAAUUCUCAUUUUUCUCACAAAAAAAAAAAAAAAGACGCCACACACACACAAUAGUGCAAUCAUAUAAAAAUUUGAUGAAAAAUUUGAUCUUGUGAACUGAAUAUAAGAGUUAUCUAAAUGAGCUAUCAAAUUAUUUAACAAUUACAUAAAUACAAUUUUUAUUAAUAUUUUUGUUUUUAUUUUUUAGAGAUCUUAUCUGCUGGUAAACAAAACUGUUUGGGUGUGUAAUUUUAUAUUCCUGUUAGGCAUUGUUGCCAUAUCACUCUAGUUUGAAAUCUCCAGUUUGAAAUCUCCGUUUGUUUGUCCUUGCAGGCUGGCCAAGCUGAAUGAGGAGAUGGAGGAGACCAAGAGCCAGUUGACGAGGGUCAGCUCAGACCACCAGAAGAACUCUCUAGAAACCAACAAGCUGGCCGCCAAGAUCACAGAGAAUCCUAACAUAGACAAUGUCAAUAAGUAAGCAAACCAAAGUUACAGAGAAUCCUAACAUAGACAAUGUCAAUAAGUAAGCAAACCAAAGUUGGCAUGGUGUAUAAAGUAUCAGAUGGACCAGAAACAACAACACUAUCUUGGAUAGACAAAGAACACGUCGAACACACACAUUUGAAAUGUGUUUAUACUAUUUAAAUCUUCUUGUCAUAGCUGUAUUAUGUCAGUGUAAUUCAGUUUAAAUACUUUUUACAUAGGCUAUGUUUUGUCAAUGUGAUUCAAUUUAAAUACUUUUUACAUAGGCUGUUCUAUCAGUCUGAUUCAUUUUAAAUACUUUUUACAUAGGCUAUGUUUUGUCAAUGUGAUUCAAUUUAAAUACUUUUUACAUAGGCUAUUAUACCAGUGUGAUUCAAUUUAAAUACUUUUUACAUAGGCUAUGUUAUGUCAAUGUGAUUCAAUUUAAAUACUUUUUACAUAGGCUGUUAUAUCAGUGUGAUUCAGUUUAAAUAAUUUUUACAUAGGCUAUGUUAUGUCAAUGUGAUUCAGUUUAAAUACUUUUUACAUAGGCUAUGUUAUAUCAGUGCUUUUCAGUUUUAAAACUGUUGUUUUCACAGCUAUGAAGAAUCAAGAGCCAAUUGAUGGUUAGCCAACUAAUUUUUUUUCUAGCUGAUACAUAGCUAACUAAAGCUGUUUCCUUCCAGCUACAUAGAGCGGAGAGCCCAGUCAGAGAAUCUGACCAAGGAGAUUCUAGAGUUUGAAGGCAACCUGAGGAAGCUAGAGAAACUGGCCGUCGUGCUCAAGGUGCCGCUCAACAAUCUGGGCAACGAUCCCCCACCUCCGGCAACAGAUGUCCAGGAUGUUGGGGACCUGGUGAGUUGGGAACAUUUAAUUGCUUGUUAAUUUUAAUGUGGGGGUCAUGAUGGAACAGUUUGAAAACUUGAUAAAGGUUAGUAUUGAACUAACUAGCUCUCAUGUUGAGUUAUUAUGAAAUAAUUGUUUAACAUUGAGAUUCACAGUAAUUUUUUUUUCUUACAAAUGCUUAAGUUAAUUUUUUUUAGAAAAUAAUAUAGAAAAACCACAUAGAAAGCAAACAUAUACAAAAUAAUAUAGAAUGGCUUUUUUGUAAAAAAUAACUCAAAUUUCUCUCAAAUCUAUAAUCUUUAGCUUGUGCAUUUAUUUUAGAUAAUAUGUAAAUAUGUCAAUGGUAGGCAAAAAUCACCUGCCCAGACAUCACUACUACCACCUUCCCAAAGUUCCCAAGUGCCCUGAGUGACAAUGUAAAUAAAAAUAAUGUGUGCUGUUUCAGCAGAGAACCCACCUGAAAAUUACGUUAUGUUUACACACAAAAAAAAAUCAAAAAAUCUUGGUUCUAUUUCAUAUUUAGUUUUUGAUUGUUUAGGAUCAAAUCUUAUGUAGUUAGCCAUAAAUAAGCUUUGUCUAAAUAUUUCCCAUAACAUAAUGGGAAAUGUUUCAUGUAUUUCCAGGAAUUAGAAUCAUACUCACAACAGCCUUGUUACUAGAAUAACACACUAACAAACUUGGAUAACCAUAAGAUAUGGGUCUUACAUGGUUACAUACGCAUUAAGUAACCAGUUAUGACAACCAAAAAAUGCUACCAUGCCAUGACAUAUACAAUAAUGGCAGGUCAAACCUUUAAAAUCGUAAUUUUUAGGUCAAAAACCAAAUGUUAAAUACCUUGUAUCUAUAAGUAUAUUACUUUCCGAUCACAAUGGUAGUUGCAUUUUGUUAAUAAAAGUAUUUCAUUAAAAUUUUUUAAAUGUACAAUUAUAAACGAAAUUACCUUGCAAAAUGCAAAAUUUUAAAAUGUUUCUAUGUUUGCUUGUAAUUAUUGUUUCACCCACAUUUAGGAAAUUCAAAUCCAUACCAUUUUAGUUAAUUGAAUAAACUAUACUGUUUAAUCAAAUUUCAUUGGUUGCUAGAACAGAAAAGAGUUUUCAUCCAAUCACAGCUUUGUUCUUAUGGAUACAUGGCCAUUAGACAAUGAUAGCUAGCAUUCUUCACAAUUUCACCUAUAUCCAGAAUAAGUACAUACAGGAUCUGCAAAGUUGCAAUAGAUUAAAAUUAAAAUUGCCCAUGAGACCAUUCUUUAGAUCAGCGGUUCUCAACCUGUGGGGCGCGACCCCUUUGGACACUUUUCCAUGGGUCGCCUAAGACCAUCUGAAAACAUAUAUCCUUACAGCUAUGAAGUAGCAACGAAAAUAAUUGUGUUGCUUGGGGGUCGCCACGACACGAGAAACAGUAUUAAGGGGUUGCGGCACUAGAAAGGUUGAGAACCACUGCUUUAGAUGAAGUCUUACCAAGGCUAUUCUUGGCUCACAACAAUUUCUGAUAACAGUCACCUAUACGGGGAACCCUCAUCUAACAUUAAUACAUCCAACAAGGAUGUAUUGUAAGGAGUGUUGGUUGCAUCCAACGUGUAAUGAAAUGUUAAACAUGCUGUCGCUGUAAAACGUAACCGUUGAGCAGGCCCCCCCCCCCCCCCCCCCCUCUUAUAAUCCACCUGUUUGUCCGUGACAGUCCAACGUGGAUAGCAACUCUUUGACGGGCACGUCCAUGUCGUCCUCGUCCAACCCCAGCCUGGCCCUCAAGGACAGCCACUUCAUGAAGUCCCUGUCCAAGAUCAACCCGUUCAAGAAGAACAAGAACAACAACCACUCUGGACAGGACGACGAUGACAGCAGCACCAUCAGUGAGGAGGGGGAGGUCAAGCCGGAGGUCAGGAAGAAAAAUCACAGUUAUGAAAGGUGAGGCUUGUUCUGUCAAAGUCAUCUAGCUAGAGUAACUGACACUUACAAAAGGUGAGGAUGCUUAUGUCAAGGUCAUCUAGCUAGAUUAACUGACAGUUACAAAAGGUGAGGCUAGUUAUGUAAAGGUCAUACAAAAGGUGAGGCUGGUUAUGUAAAGGUCAUCUAGCUAGAUUAACUGAUGGUUGCAAAAUGUGAGGCUUGAUAUGUCAAGGUCAUCUAGGUAGAUUAACUGACAGUUGCAAAUAUGUGAUGCUUGAUAUGUCAAGGUCAUCUAGCUAGAUUAACUGACAGUUGCAAAAAUGUGAUGCUUGAUAAGUCAAGGUCAUCUAGCUAGAUUAACUCAUUUAAAGAAGGUGCAGCUUCUUAUGACAUGGCAAACUAGGUCAAUUUUUAUGAAUUUUGGAAUAUAAACAUGACACCCUGUCUUGAUGUUCAUAAACAAAAGUGUAAACUAGGUUUUAAAAUUGAUUAUAUGUUUUACCAUUCGAUUUCACAUUCAAAAGAAAAAUCAUCACUGCCUAACUGAUUAAGUGACUCUGAAGGCAACCUGGUAACUUCUCCAUUGAAUAACACCACCACCAUUUGUGCAGUAAAGAAUGAAUUUGAAAUAUUUUAUUCAGUUUUAAAAUAUCAAAUGUAAUUCAUUCAAAACUUAAAGAAUUUAUUUGUUCUACACAAAAAUAAUAUUUUGUUUCAUUUCUAAAGUAAAUUGGGAAUGUAAAAGCUAUUUUUUUUAUAUGUAUAUAGGAAAUGAUAGAUUUUAAAAUAAUCAUCAUUAAUUUCUAUCAGUUUAAAAAAAAAACGAUUAUUUGGUCAAGAAAAGAUAGUAAGCAGUUGUCAAAAAAUGUUACAAAGUGAUAGUACAAACUGUGAUGUAACAAACAAGAAAAAAAUACUUUGUUUUGAUUGGCUGAUGAAUACUCUCAGACAUUAACAUAAUGUAUUAUGUUGUUUUGAUUGGCUGACGACUACUCUCAGACAUUAACACAAUGUAUUAAGCUUUCUUGUAAUAAGUUCAUUUUAUAAUAAUUUUUUGGUAAGACGAGUGCAGAGCUUGUAUAAAGGGCUCUAUCUUCUUGACACCAACACUCCAUAAAGGCUGCAUCUCAAAAGGGUUAAGUCAAUCAGUCUUAAGUCAAUCAGUCUUACGUCCUUCCUUUCAAGCCCUGAAUUCAUUACAUCUUCAAUACUUCCUUUCGAACUAUUAAUUCAAUAAGUCUUCAAUACUUCCUUUCAAGCCUUUAAUUCAUUAAGACUUGAAUGCUUCCUUUCAAGCCAUUAAUUCAAGAAGACUUAAAUCAUUCCUUUCAAGCCCUUAAGUCAAUAAGUCUUCAAUGCUUCCUUUCAAACUAUUAAUUAAAUGUCUUAAAUUCACUUCAAGGGCUUGAAUUCAUCACAUCUUGAAAUCUCUCUUUCAAACUCUUGAAUAUAACGAGCGUGGAAAGUUAGAAUAUUUACUUUUGUAUUGGAUUUUUUUGUAUAUUCCUCAAAGUACUUUUUUUUUCUUUUUUUUUCUUUUUUUAACAGUUUUUAACAUUGCUGAUUUAACUCUCACUAUUUCUACUGGGAGUUUAAUAUCAAUUUUGCAGUGAACAACGAUAACAUGUCAAAAUAUAUAAUAACAUGACAUAAACCUAUCUUCCUGCCACAGGUCAGAGGGCUUCCUGAAGCAGGCCAACGGUGCAGAGGCUAGGAUGUCUAUGGUAAAGAUGAGAGAAGAAGGCCAGCUAGUGGUAUGAUGGUGCUUGUGCUGUAGUCCCUGGUAGAUGUGCAUUAGCCUGAACAUGCCGCCCUUUUUUGGGUGCAGUACCUUUCAAAUUGGGUUAUGAUGAAAAGAGGUUGUUUCAAAACAACAGUAAGCACAUGACAAUACUGAUCUGCCAUCUCUAUACUGGCUGGUAUGAGUAGCGGCCAUGUUAACUCAUUCCCGACGGUUGCGACUAAAUGCGUCCUCGGGGGGUCCCUCCUGAUGCGUCCAAAUGCGUCCCGGCGCAUAGCGACACACCUCUCUUAUUUUUAGUUAAAAAUAGCAAUGAAAUCUCGCACCCCUUGAAACUUCCGGCUAUGGUGUGAUUUCUGCGUGAUUUUAAUUUAGAAGCCGGAAGUUUUUAUCUUGUUUCACUUUAAAACUACGUGUGCUUUAGUACGGCGCGUCUAUAUGUACCAUGUGUUCGUCCGAGGUGCCGAAAAUCGAUUUUUUUGGCCAUUGUUCGUUAUUUUCCCCCCCGCUAAUGUUAUAUUUAUAUUAAACCUUAUUCAUUUUUUGUUGCAUUUGUUCUUAAUUCAUUAACAUUAAAUAAUAUUUAGCAACUUAAAAAAAUAUUUUAAAAAUAUAAAUCAAUUUCAAAACUGAGUUGCUUCCCUUUUCUCAGGAAAAUAAAUUAAGUCCGGAAGCAGCGCUGCCGGAGGGAAUGAGUUAAGUAAAACAAGUGGUCAUGAUGGUAUCAGCAUGCCACCAAAACAAACAGCUUUACUAAAUUAAAUGGUGUGAGUAACUGAACAGCGGUUAGCUUCUCUCAUUUCAAGAAUGUCAAAAUGUUGAUCCGUCCACUGGUAUUACUCUAUCCACCAAUGAUUCUAUGUAGUACAUAGGAUUUUGGUGAAUGCUGUAAUUUAAUGGGGGGUUUGUGGAUACUGCACUACGUAGCGUGAUGGUGGGUGCUGUAAUACAUGUGGUUUUGGUGGAUAUUGUAAUAUGUAGGGUGAUGGUGAAUACUGUAAUGCAUAGGGUGUCGGUGGACAAUGUAAUGCAUAGGUUGUUGGUGGAUAUUGUAAUACAUAGGGUGUUUGUGGAUGCUGCAAUACAUAGGGUGUUGGUGGAUACCGAAAUACAUGCAGUUACUGUGAUGCAUAAGGUGUAGGUGGACACUGUAAUUUAUAGAGUGUUUGUGGGUAAUUACCUUACCUUAUCUAAUUACCUUAUCAUGUGUUGUGUUCAGGCUAAUGCUUUGUGUUUGCUACUUUUUUUUUUGUGUAGAAUAGUUGGUAGAGGUUUUGUUAAGAGACACAUAUUACACUAUUACAGCUGUUAGGUAACAGACACACACUAGAGGUGUCACUAUUACAGCUGUUAGGUAACAGACACACACUAGAGGUGUCACUAUUACAGCUGUUAGGUAACAGACACACACUAGAGGUGUCACUAUUACAUCUGUUAGGUAACAGACACACACUAGAGGUGUCACUAUUACAUCUGUUAGGUAACAGACACACACUAGAGGUGUCACUAUUACAGCUGUUAGGUAACAGACAUGCUGAAGAUGUUGCUUUUACAGCUGCUAGGAGACACACAUAUUAGAGGUGUUGCAUGAAAGCUGUUGCUACACCUGUAUUAGAGGUGUCACUAUUACAGCUGUUAGGAGACACACAUGUUAGAGGUGUCACUAUUACAGCUGUUAGGUGACACACACACUAGAGGUGUUGCUAUGAAAACUAUUAGGAGACACAAAUAGAGGUGUUGCUAUUAAGAGCUGUUAGUUUAGGAGACACAUAUUAUAUGUGUCACUAUUAAAGCUUUUAGGAGACACACAUACUAGAGGAGUUACUACGAAAGCUGUUAGGUGACACACACAUUCCGUUGACGUUUUUCAAGCUGAAUCAAUGGAAUAUUAAGAACUGGAAACGGGAAACCUAAAAUUAUGGAACAAAACAAGAACACAAUUAUUUGCUAUUUCAACUGUACCAUUAACACAGUUAUUGGAAAUGUUUAACUGAAACAAUAACACAGUUAUUGGAAAUGUUUAACUGAAACAAUAACACAGAUAUUGGAAAUGUUUAACUGAAACAAUAACACAGAUAUUGGCUAUUGCAACUGGAACAAUAACACAGACAUUGGAAAUUUCGACAUAAGCAAUAACACAUCUUUUGGAUAUUUCCACUGUAACAAUAAAACAAAUAUUGGAUAUUUCAACUGGAACAAUAACUCAGAUAUUGGAAAUGUUUAACUGAAACAAUAACACAGAUAUUGGAUAUUUUAACUGUAACAAUAGCACAGAUAUUAGAUAUUUCAACUGUAACAAUAACACAGAUAUUGGAUAUUUCAACUAUAACAAUUACACAUAUAUUGGAUAUAUCAAGUGGAACAAUAACACAGAUAUUGGAUACUUCAAAUGGAACAAUAACACAGAUAUUGGAUAUUUCAACAGUAACAAUAGCACAGAUAUUAUAUAUUUCAACUGUAACAAUAAUACAGAUAUUGGAUAUUUCAACUAGAACAAUAACACAGAUAUUGGAUAAUUGAACUUAAACAUCUGCAUUAUAAGUUUUUUCUUCUUCUCAUAUUUCAAGUUUUUAACAAAUGUUGGUCUUAAUAUUCCCUAAGGAAGUAAACAGUUGGACAAUCUGCCAAGCCUCUCCACAAAACUUUAUCAGUCUUUUGGGAUAUUGGGCGUAUUUACACCUGAUUAUGUUUCCCUAUAAUCAGGGCCAUAAAUAGGAGGUCUACAAGCAUGAAGACUUGUCAGUGCAUGUCAGCUAGAUAUAAGUCUGUCUCAGAUUUGAAGUCAGAACGUGCUCAAAAGUAAUGGCAUUCACAUUCAGUCAAGCAUGUGUUUUGUAACUUGGCAUGAAUACUCAUAGGUUAUUGGUGGCUCCUGAGGCUCUGGGCCUGUUCACUGUGGCAGUGGAGCCAAUGUUUUUCAAUGUGUUAGUGGAGGCAAGCUUGUUCAAUGUGUUAGAGGAGCCAAGCUUGUUCAUCACUGUGGCAGUGUAUUGACUUGAUGGCUAACAAUCAAUAUUCCUUGUUGUAUUAACUUGAUGGCUAAGAAUCAAUACCCCUUGUUGUACUGACUUCAUUGCUAGCAAUCAAUAUCCCUUGUUGUAUUGACUUGAUUGUUGGCAAACAAUAUCCCAUGCUGUAUUGUAUUGACUUGAUUACUACCAAUCAAUAUCCUUUGUUGUAUUGACUUGAUGGCUACCAAUCAAUAUCCGUUGUUGCAUUGACUUGAUUGCUACCAAUCAUUAUCCCUUAUUUUAUUGAUUUUAAUGGCUAGCAAUUAGAGCUGCAUGCAAACAUUUCCUAGCCUAUUCUUUUUAAAGCACAGCAUGUUAUCAGUUGAAGUGCUUAGUGAAUCUAUGUCUGUGCUUCAGUGGGCUGACAACUAAGUUAAUUAUGACAAAAAUCAUUAUGUUAGUUGUAUAGCUGAGCAUUUUUAUAUUGUAAGUCAGUUACAAUACAUGGUAUAUCUUACAUUAUUUCUUUAUGAAAGGUCAGAUGGCCAAUAAAUUGAUAAAAUUACUUUCGUUUUUUUAUAUUUAGCUUCAAACAGUCCAUAUAACCACUUCAGAUGAGGGGAGACAAAAGGGGAAAAAGGGAGACAACUUAGCAUCCAUAAUUUUGAAUCUUUAAUUCUGUAUUUAUUACCUAUGACAGGACCUUGAUGCUACGGAAGCUAAGAGCCGAAUAGCUGAUGAGGAAUGGUUCCAUGGUGUACUUCCCCGGGAGGAAGUGCAGAGACUUCUGGUCAAUGACGGGGACUAUCUGGUGCGGGAGUCCAAGAACAAGAAAACCAACGAGACGCAGUUUGUGCUGAGUGUCUACUGGCAGGGCUAUCGGCAUUUCAUCAUCCAGUUUACUCCGGUCAGUGGGAUUUUCUUUCGUUAAGCCAUCUGUUUGUUUUUUUGGUUUUUUUUUAUCAUGUCAGUAACAUAUAACAAAAUGAUGUAUGUCGUAUAUACCUGUAAUUUAAAAGUCAUUGUUUGAUAUUUAGGAUAGUUCACUAUAAUUUCGUCUAGUUUAAACUUCUACUCCAUUAUUUCUUGGUAUUGAAACCACUGCUAUUCUUUUCUUAAAUACUACAAGUACGACCAGAUGCUACCGGGGUAAUAAUGGACGAUGUUUUCCGAUACUUUCUACCUGUUAUUUUGAAGUACCAACAUCUAACAACCAAAUUUUUACUAAUAUUAUAAGUGGGGAAAAAAAGGAAUUACAAUUUUUUUUUUCAAGUAAUACAUUGAAAUGUAUAUGUAGAAAAUAGUUAAUCAGACUUUCCUUUUCUUAAAAAAGAAGUAGAUAUGUCUUGAAGCUUACUUUUCUAACAUCAUUUAAAUUUGAGAAAUAAUGAUCUGCAAUACAAUAUAGGCUCACCCUUCACGUUUUCAUGCCCCUGAACUGCAAUUUUUAAUUUUUUUUAAUUGUAAAAAUUUGUCUUUAAAUUUAUAAAAAGAAAAAAUUUAUAUAUCAUUUUAAAUAACUUUAACUUUAACAGCACUGAUAAAUUGAUAUCUUCAUUAAACAUUUAAAAACCUUUGCCUUGCUUCUCGAAAUAUCAUAAAACAAAGAACUCUUGUUCAUUAAAGAAGAAUCUCUCACUAAUUUUCACAACUGUAACAGCCUUAAGCUUUUUUUUUGUUCUUUUUUUUUAGAAUUAUGAUUAAUCACAUAAAAAUGUGUACUUACUUUUUCAUGAACUUAAUUUUUCUCCAAAUGGCUGCAACGAUGUAUUUUCAUAUUUUAAAAGCAAAACUUCACCCACAUUUGUGCACACCCUUGAAAUGUGAAGGAAAAAUUUGGCGCUAUUUUAAAGAUUAAAUUCUCACAUGUGUAAAAUUAAAAUGAUUGGGUUUUUUAUAUAUUUUUAUCCUCAUCAAAAUUUACCCACCCCCUUUCGAUCACACUUAAAAUGUAUUUUCAAGAAAUAUUUACAAUAGAUUGCUAAAUAUAAACUUAUUGUUUAACCUCAUAAGUAUUUGCCAACCCUUUAUCCUUUGAAAAAUUAGGGAAAAUCUUGAUGUCCUUAGUCGCAAAGAAAUUCACAUCCUCUAUUUUCCCCUUUCCAAAAAUUUUUGAGGUUAAGCUAUACAUAUAUAAAUCUAGUCACUGCAAUUUCAAUGUCCUGCAACUGUAUUUUCUAAAAUUGGUAUAACACGUGUUUAUUUUAAAAGAAAAUCUAACAUUUUUAUUUUAUGACUAAUAUCAUUGAAUUUAAAGAUUGUCAUCGACAAUUUAUUUUCUCCGUGUGAAAUAUGUUUUUAGAAGAAGGCUAAAAAGAUUAUUUCAUUGGUUAUAAAUGCUGGUGUUCAACAUAUUUGAGUUUUGAGAUAUUACAAUUUUUAUCAAAUGCGCCCAGCCUUACAGUGGUGUAUUUGUGCUGUCUGUUGACCCAGCCAUACAGUGGCAUAACUUAUUCUGUCUGGGGCACCCAGCCAUACUGUGGCAUAACUUACUCUGUCUGAGGCACCCAGCCAUACUGUGGCAUAACUUAUUCUGUCUGGGGUACCCAGCCAUACUGUGGCAGAGUGGCAUUCUAUAAUUACAACAAACACGUAAGCUAUUCAGAGAAUAACCUUUUAAUUAUAAUACCGGUAUCUGACAUUAACUAAGACUGCUUUCCCCGAUCUCCACCAUGGUCACUGCCGCCUGCCGGUAUCAUUAUAAUCUGAUGUAACUGUGUUGAGAUUUAGGUUAGGAGUCUGUAUAAAUUUAUAUAUUGAUUUGAAUAAAUUAUACAUCGCUCUGUUUUAUUUUCCCAUCUAAACUCUGUAUAUUAGUAUGAGCUUGGAAAGAUAUUUAUAGAACAAAAAACAUGCAUUUAAAAAAAAAUGUUUAUUUUAAAGAAAAAUGUUUUUUUUAAAGUUUUCCAGACUGUAACCAUAUCUACUAACUAUAUCACUAUAGUAAUAGUUUUUACUCUUAAAUUAAGCUGAAGUUUUACUCUUAAAUUAAGCUGAAGUAACAAUGGAAUGUCUCUUAUGCCAAUUACAAUCACAUUGAUGUAAAAAAAUACAGUUUUAUAGUCAUAAAAUUCAAUUUCUUAUAAAUUAAUUCAUAAUUGAUCAUAUUAAAUAAAUGUCAAAUAAUGCUAUCUCAUUCUAAUUUCAUCAGAAUUAAUUGGGGCUAUUGGCAGACAUUUAAAUCUAAUUUUGAAAUAUUAACAACUCAAUAAAAAAGCAACACCUUUUCAAUUUUUUCCAAAACAUUUUCUUACGAAUUAUCAAGACAGUGAUCAAUAGAUGAUCAGAACUUAACAUUAACAUUUGGAGAAAAUAGUCAAAAUAAUUAUGUAAUUGUUAUAUUAACUUUAUUUUUAAUUUAUAAUAAAAAUACUUUGAUUAAAAAAAAAAUAUUUUUUUUUAUCAUAUUUAAAAUAGAUCUGAGUUCCUUUAAAUAAAUGAAAAUCCACAUUGUUUUUAAGAAUCCGAACGUGUUUAAAUUUCUUCAUGUGGGCGUUCUAUGGUCAGCUUAGCAUCAACUUCUGCAUAUUAUUAGUUUACAGAAAUCUCUAGUUAAUAAAGGUUUUACCAAACUGAUACAGAAAAAAUUAAAAAGACCAACAAAAAAUAAGUAUUUUGUACAAUGUCAUAGACAAAAUACUUAAGGCUAUUUAGGAAAACAUCACAAUUUUUAAAAAAUAAUUUUUAAAAAAAAUAGUUUUUUUGUUUUAAAUUUCAUACAACAGGAUAAAGGGUGGCAUUUUGAAGGUCACCCUUAUCCCACAAUUCAAGAGCUAGUCCGCAAACAGUUUGAGUCUCGUAUGCCCGUUACAUCUAAAUCUGGGGCUGUCUUAAAGAAGCCCAUCCUCAGAGAGUGGGAACUGCUCAAUGAUGACAUUGAACUCAAGAUGAAGAUUGGAACGGUGAGUUGACUUCAAUACUGUGAGAUUUACAUUGGUGGAGAUCAGGGUGGAAAGUGUAUUUACAUUGAUUGAGAUCUGGGUGGAAGAGUCAUUUACACGGGUGGAGAUUAGGUUGGAAGGCAUAUUUACAUGGGUGGAGAUCAGGGUGGAAGACCUAUUUACAUCGGUGGAGAUAAAGAUGGAAGACAUAUUUAUUUGGGUGAAAUUAAGAUAGAAGAUGUAUUUACAUGUGUGGAGAUCAGGGUGGAAGAUUCAUUUGCAUGGGUGGAGAUCAGGGUGGAAGCGUCAUGUACAUGGGUGGAGAUUAGGGUGGAAGGCGUAAAUACUUGGGUGGAGAUCAGGGUGGAAGAGUCAUUUACAUGGAUGGAGAUCAGGGUGGAAGGCGUAUUUACAGGGGAGGAGAUCAGGUGGGAAGGGUCAUUUACAUGGGUGGAGAUCAGGGUGGAAGGGUCAUUUACAUGGGGGCAGAUCAGGGUGAAAGGUUCAUUUACAUGGGGGCAGAUCAGGGUGGAAGGGUCAUUUACAUGGGGGCAGAUCAGGGUGGAAGGUUCAUUUACAUGGGGGCAGAUCAGGGUGGAAGGGUCAUUUACAUGGGGGCAGAUCAGGGUGGAAGGGUCAUUUACAUAGGUGGAGAUCAUCACGUAUAGGUCAAUUACACGGGUGGCAGUCAGGGUGGAAGGGUCAUUUACAUGGGUGGAGAUCAGAUGGUUGUUUUUAGGUUUGAUAGAGUUAGGUUUCUGUGUACUCUGAAAUGCAAGAGUAUUUUAAGAAAUUUGGUUGUGCCUAAACUAAGCAGGGUAGGGAAACAUUUUAACAUGGUUUGAAUUUCAUAUUUUUUUUUUUAGUUUUUCAUAUAUUUAAUUAAAAAAAGUAUUAUCUUAAUUUUUAAUUGCAAAGAUUAAAAUUUUAUGGUGAUGGAUAAAAAUCAGAUUAGAAAAUAACUACACACAAAUUAAUGGAAAAAUAUAUGGGACACAAGCAAAAUUGUGAUUUUUAUUUGAGAACUGAGUGACUUAGAAUGUCUAUACAUUAGCCAGGUUAUCAAAUAGGCAUUUUUAAAGUUUGAACUCAUAAUAUUGGCUUACAAAUAGGGAAUAUCCAUUUUAUGUUCCCCAUAAUUAGAACAGUGUUUAUGAUGUAAGGCACGUCUGUUCUCAGGGCAACUUUGGUGAGGUCUACAAGGGGGUGUACAAGAAGAUGACGGAGGUGGCCGUGAAGACCUGUAAAGACACGCUGACCGAGGACCAGAAGAUCAAGUUCUUGCAGGAAGGUCGCAUCCUCAAACAGUACAAACAUCCGAACAUUGUCAGGUACAUUGGCAUUGCUGCACAGAAACAGCCUGUCAUGAUCGUCAUGGAGUUUAUUCCAAGUAAGUUGACAUGCUUUGUUCAUGAGAAGUUCAUUUUUAAGAUUCCUCUUGAUUAGGAUCCUACAGACUUUUCGAGAAUCUCUCAUGAGUGUCUCAUGUUGUAAAAAAUUAAUUUUGAUUUCGCUAAUCAAAUUUGCGGUAACCAUUUCAAGAAUAUAUUACACAAAAUUGUAUGUUUCACUUCCACUGUUAUCUACUUGUUAUAGAUUUGCUAUUUUUUUCCCUACUGAUUAAUUAUUUUAAGUGUUGUACCUCCAUAAAAUAAAUAAGUUAUAUAAAUCAAGUAUAUUAGAAGAAUGUUUUCUUUUCUAACAAGCUUUAGAGUAUUAUAAUUAUUCAAUACAAUUUAUUGAGUUUUAAGAAAUGCUUUAAUACAUUAUUAAUAGCUUAAGUAUGUGUGUUUUUUAAUAUUUUAAAUAAAACUGUUUUAACAAAUAACAUAACAUUUCUUGUAUUUUUAAUCUAUAUUAAAUGCUAUCUUCUGGUUUCUUUCAGAGGGCGCCCUGCUUUCAUUUCUCAAAAGCCAAGGUGCACAGCAGGGGGUGAAACAGCUGGUCCAAAUGUGUGUGGACGCCGCUAGUGGCAUGGAAUACCUGGAAGGGAGAAAUUGUAUACACAGGUAACUGGAGGAAGCAAAGCGCUGCCAGCUGUCACUUAACAUCUUUUUAAAUAGACGAUCACAUUGUUUAGAACAAGACUUGGGAAAGAUAAACAAUAUAGAGCAAAUAAUAAAACUGCGCCAUUGGCUGUACAUGUUCUGCUGUGUACAGAACAAAACAAGGAAGUAGGUCUCAAGAUGUUCAUUUUAAGCAUUUACCUUUUUCACCUGUUUUGCAUCCCCUUCACACGGUUGCAUUGGAUUCUUCUUACUAUCAUAUUGAGAUCCGAUUUCCUUGUAAUGUCGUAUAGCUUGAGCCUAGUCUUGUUAAAAAUGUAGCCAACUGUGGUACUUAGUUUUAUUGAUACAUUGUUUGAUGUAGGAUCCCUUAUUUAUAUUUAGCUUCUGGUGUUUCCUGCUUCCUUUUGGAAACCGUCCUCCUCCCCCCAACUGCACAUAUUUUAUAUAAAUAGUACUGAGUGGAAAAAAAAAAAAGCUGUCAUGUGUGAUGUGUGAACUCAGGUAAAAAAAAAGUGGGGGAAGUGGGAGAGAGUUACUAAUAUAUUAAUCAAUAAAGAACCAUGGGUAUGGAUAAGACUGUCAGUGGGACUAUUGUUUAAAGGGCGGUCAGUAGGGUUUGCAACUGUCUUUAGGACUAUUUCUCAAAAUUUAGACAUGAACAAAAAACAACAACAUAGAAAUGAUAAGAGAUAAAUUGAAAAAAGUUGAAUCAUAUAAAAACGAUUAGAAAAUAUAAAAAAAAUAUUUAGAAAUGUUUCGAAAAAACAUGUUCUACAAUAUGGCGUACAGCCACACAGUAUCUUUGGAAAAUUGCAUACUACGUCACCUUUGUUUAUUAAAUAAUGUUUCCUCAUCAGUGACGUAUCAGUUUUUGCGUUCAGGUGAUAUAUUGAUUUAUAAUACGAGUUUUUUUUUUUUUUUGUGUGUCACGGACAGGAACAUCGUAACCAUUCGGUACAAGGGAAAAUUUUUAAUUUUCGAUUGAAGUUGAAGAGAAGAUUUUUGUGGAAUUUAUUCCACUUCCAUCAACAGUAAGGCAUAUAUGGACGAGGAUGGCUAAGAUGGGUGCUGGGUGGCCGAGCGGUCUAAACUGUCUCAAACCAAAUAGCAGUGGCGCCAGUGGUCCGGAGCUCAAUCCCCAUUAAAGCCAACAUCCCCAGCACCCUGGUGGAUGGGACUCGUUAGCCUUGGACGGCAACCCAUCUAAGAGAAGGCAAACUCUGAAUUAAAACCAGGAGCCAUAAUGAUCAACAAAUUGAUCGUGGGCCCCUCAAAUAUAAGAAGAAGAAGAAAUGAUUGGAAAAUUAUAAAAAUGUUUAAAACAAAUUAUAAAAAACUUGAAACACUUUCAAAAGAUGUGAACAAUAAGGAAAUAUUUAGAAAUACAGGAAUACCUCUAGUGUUGGCAGCAUGCUCUCCAUGAUGUACAAGAUAAAUAAUGGGCUGGUCCACUGUUCCAGUAUUAAACAGAAACUCGUCCCUCUCCCCCAUAGACAGCGACGAGGCCAUGACAGGCAAUUCAGGCUCAUACCAGCAAGAAGCCAGUAUAGGAGCUGCUCAUUCCUGCCCAAGACAAUCAGGGACUGGAACAAUCUUUCAAAAGGAACGGUUGAGGCGACAACACUAGACACAUUUGUGACACAUUUGUGUCUAUUGCCUCAAGCCUUCAAACCCCUAGUGCAUCAUUUCCUCAUCAACACCAGUAACAGAAACAUUGCAAAUCCCAUCUACAUGCAUAGGAGCCAAAAUGAUCAAUAAAUUGAUCGUGGGCCCUUAAGAUAUAGAAGAAGAAAUGAUUAGAAAUAACUCAAAUCAUUCAGAAAUGAUUCUAAAAAAUUUGAACAAUUUAGAAAUGAUAAGACAUAGAAAAAUAUGGAAUUAUUUAGAAAUAAUUCGAAAAAAAUCAAAAUAAUUCGAAAUGAUUAGAGAAAUAUAUAAAUAUAAACGGGUGCUGGGUGGCCGAGUGGUCUAAACUGAGCAAAUCUCAAGUUGGUGGUCUGGAGUUCAAUUCCAGCUAGAGCAAAAACACCACCAGCACCCCGGGUAGAUGGGACUCGUUAACCUUGGACGGCAACUCAUCUAAGAGAAGGAAACUCUGAAAUCAAACCCGACUGGAGUUCAAUUCCAGCUAGAGCAAAAACACCACCAGCACCCCGGGUAGAUGGGACUCGUUAACCUUGGACGGCAACUCAUCUAAGAGAAGGAAACUCUGAAAUCAAACCCGGAGAUGGAGUCCCGAAAGGCGGAUAACAUUGAUACAAUGAAACAUGCCGACAACUCCUGCGACAUCACUGGUGCCAAGCUGUAUCAUCCAAUGAUGUUCCCUUGGGUUACCCAGCGGCGUGGAGAGAGGCGAUUUGCUGUUGGGAACCAGCUUAUAAUCCUUCAAGUAUGUGGAUUCCGUCAUACAAAGCCCACUCCAUCGUCACAUUGUGACGGACGGAUGCCAGCAAAAAAAAAAUAAAUAUAAACAAAUAUAAAUGGUUAGAGAAACGUUAUAAAAAUGCACCAGGUUAAGCCUUAGUAUUUAAUGAAAUGCCUAAUUUGUUACCCAUAGUAGAUACAACAAAGAUAUUGCAAAGUUUUGGCCAUUCUUUAAAAUUUCUCUCAUCCUACAUCCAAACUGGCAUUUUUACGCCUCUGCAUAUUUAACCCAUCAUUCAUUGUUGUGAUGCAGAGAUCUGGCGGCCAGGAAUUGUUUGGUGGGUGAGAACAAUGUGAUAAAAAUCUCAGACUUUGGCAUGUCCAGAGAAGAGGCAGAGUACACAGUGUCCACUGGCAUGAAGCAAAUCCCAGUCAAGUGGACAGCCCCUGAGGCAUUAAACUUUGGUGAGAUCAUUUUGUUCUAUUGUACCUUUGUGUUAGUUAUGUUGUACUAUUGUGUUAGUUCUCUUGUGCCAUUAUGUUAGUUUUGUUGUACCAUUAUGUGUGUUCUAUUGUACCAUUAAGUUAGUUCUGUUGUACCAUUAUUUUCUGGCCCAACAAUUUGGAACACACUUCCUGAUGCUCUAAGAAACAGCCAGACACUGAAGUCUUUCAAAACCGAAUUGAAAACACAUCUAUUUCGCAAACACCUGCUUGGGUGAUGUUGUCUACCAUCUUUUCCAGCUGGCUAUCAUCUCCUAGAUGUAUAUUGGUCUGUGUUGUUCAUGUUUGCAAGGGAUGAAAGACUUAGAAUGGGUAUUCUCGUAUGUAGUUUUUGUAAUGUUGCGUUUUGUAUUUCAAUGUGGUAUAAUACAGAUUUUUUCAUGUUUCUUUUAAUAUGGUUGACUUUGUACCAUGCUUCGAGCCUUUGGGGAUGAAGCGUGAUUUUCAAAUAAAAUUUAUUAUUAUUAUUAUGUUUGUUCUAUUGUACCAUUAUGUUAGUUCUGUUGUACCAUUAUGUUUGUUCUAUUGUACCAUUAUGUUAGUUCUGUUGUACCAUUAUGUUAGUUCUAUUGUACCAUUAUGUUUGUCCUAUUGUACCAUUAUGUUAGUUCUAUUGUACCAUUAUGUUAGUUCUGUUGUACCAUUAUGUUAGUUCUAUUGUACCAUUAUGUUUGUUCUGUUGUACCAUUAUGUUAGUUCUAUUGUACCAUUAUGUUAGUUCUGUUGUACCAUUAUGUUAGUUCUAUUGUACCAUUAUGUUUGUUCUGUUGUACCAUUAUGUUAGUUCUGUUGUACCAUUCGGUUAGUUCUGUUGAAUAUAUUUUAAAAUAUAAGACCCAUUUACUCUUUUGAUUUUGGCGUGCAAUGUACAGUUUUGAGAUGUCUUUUACAACUGUAUGCCAAGAUCUGUCAGAGCUAAGAUUUUAAGAGACUGGGCUGAAAAUAAAUACUUCAGUACUUUUUCCGUAAAAAAAAUAAUUACUAAGUACAAUGGAGGUUAUUAAUUUUAGCUCUUUUCUACAUUCAGCAGUGAAUGGAUCAAGAACCAAGAUUUGUGUGAACCAUCUAUAAUUAUAACCGCAAUUUUAACGUAGACACUCUGACAAUUUUAGUCCAUUCUCGCUUUUGUUUGCUUCAGUGCUUCAUUUGACUAAACCGUGGCGAGUGCAAAACUGGAAAAAAUGUUGUUUUUUUGUUGUAAAAUAAGAAUGCAUUCUCAACCACUCAGCACAGAUACAUUAGAUUUUAAAAUAUUUUAUAAGAUCUGAGAGGGCCUUUAAAAUCUAUUUUUAGAAAACACAAAACAAGUUAGAUUUUUAAUACAUUUUAUUACCUUUCACAACUUACAGCGUGUGAUAUUUAUCAGACUAUAAUAAUAUGUUAGUGAUAGCGGAAAAUUAGCUUAAUGGAUUUUGAUUAUAAUUUUUUUUUAACCCAGCUUUUUCAUCAAAAAUAAAUCCCAAGUUACUUGGAAGGUUUUGUAAAUGACAUCCUCGUUUGCCAAUUGGUUCUUCUUUCAAUAAAUUUUAUUUUAUGCUGAACUGACUUUGAAGUUUGAAUCACCUUAAACUUCACCAAUUACUUUAUUUUUACCAGUGACAGACUGUAAAAAUGUCAUCUGCGGUUCGCCCAAAUAUCUUUAGACUAUAUCAGCUACACAAAACCAAAACAAAGUGACCACCGAUUGCAAUAUAAACACCAGUCAUCUAUUUUUUUAAGCUAACUAUUUUACCUCAGCCUAACUCGAUCUUACCGGACUUGGAUGCAAGCUGUAUACUUGAUAUCUACUGUGUUUUUAUUUAUUUACUAUUAAAAUAAUAUAGUGUUCAAUUUUAGGAGUUCGAGGUUACCCAGGUCUGAAAUAUUAACCAACUUUCCAAUUUCUAUUUAAAUAAAGAUUUAUUGAUUUAUCUCAACAAAAAAAAUAUCAAUUAAAAAUAUAUAUUUUUGGAAACUCUUUUCUAUUUCUUCCUUUAUCGAAUAUUGCUUCCAAUUUCAUCAUCUCUUGUUAGCUCCAUCUUUUGAUUCAUUAACCUUUGACCCUGUUGAAUCUAUGAUGUUUUUUUGGCUUUUUACAUUUAUUGAAGGGAGUUACUUUCAUUCUCUUUAUACUCCAUUUGCUUUGGUAAAUCUAAUAUCCUUUGUUUUCACUGAGGUCUGUUCUAAUGAUUGACAUGAAUUUUCUAGUGAUUGACAUGACUGUUAUACUGCUUUAAUUAUUAAUGGACAUGGUUUUUCCACUGUUGUAAUGAUUGACGGGAUUGUUCUACUGUUGUAAUGAUCGAUGUGAUUGUUGUCUGCUCCCAGGCAAAUACACAGUCCUGUGCGAUGUAUGGAGCUUCGGAGUUCUGAUGUGGGAGAUUUUCUCCUUGGGUAAAUCCCCAUACUCUGGCAUGACCAACCAGAGAGCCAGGGAGUGGAUAGAAGACGGUAAGAGAGUAGGUCGGGCGAUGGCUUGGUAGAUCAAGUUUAGAACAGUUGUAUCCCUAGAUGUCUUAGCCAGAAUAGGUUAAGUUACCCAGAAGAGGUCAAGUUGGCUGGAAGAGGUCAAGUUAGCCAGAAGAGAGGUCAAGUUGGCUGGAAGAGGUCAAGUUUGCCAGAAUAGGUUAAGUUGGCUGGAAGAGGUCAAGUUAGCCAUAAUAUAUUAAGUUGGCUGGAAGAGGUCAAGUUAGCCAGAAUAGGUUAUGUUGGCUGGAAGAGGUCAAGUUAGCCAGAAUAGGUUAUGUUGGCUGGAAGAGGUCAAGUUAGCCAGAAUAGGUUAUGUUGGCUGGAAGAGGUCAAGUUAGUCAGAAGAGGUUAAGUUGGCUGGAAGAGGUCAAGUUAGCCAGAAAUAUUAUGUUGGCUGGAAGAGGUCAAGUUAGUCAGAAGAGGUUAAGUUACCUGGAAGAGGUCAAGUUAGCCAGAAUAGGUUAAGUUGGCUGGAAGAGGUCAAGUUAGCCAGAAUAGGUUAAGAGUUUUCACCCAUCAUUCAUCUCCCCAAUCCACUCAUCAGAGGAUGGCCAUGCUGCCUUUUGGGGCAAUAUCUGUAUACUUCCCUUUGGAGACAUAAGGGAGGCUGGUCUCUGAUGGCCAGUUGAUUUCAGGGUGAUGUCUCCUUCCCGGCUGAACUGGCGGGGGAGGGGAGUGGUUUCCUUUAAAAAUAACGUAACAACUUUGGCAAGCCUCUCUUAUUUAUGCCUUUAAUUGUCAAAGAAUUGUAAAGCAACUCUUAGGAGAUGUAAUUCCAAAUGCUAUACUGUAUCUAUUUGCUGUUAAGCUGACUUUUUUCGGGAAAUAUAUUUUAGGGAAAUGUAUGGGAUGUUCGGAUUUAGAACUGUUGACAGGAUUUUUAUAACUGUCAUUCCAUAAAUUAUUCAAUUGUAGAAAAAAAAUGUCCCAAAAGGUAAUUAACCAGAGGCACCCUAAAGAUCUGUAAAAAUUAGGUCACCAGUUUUGUCAUAAUUUUACAGACUUCACUAAUUGGCUGUGCUUUAGAGAGUAUCAACGUAAUGACAGGGGAUAAUUAAAUGUUAGAAUGUCACUUUUUAUAAGAUCGCAGGAGUAAUUGAAAUCUAUAUUUAGGGCGGCCAGAGCAACUCUGAUUUUGUUCCACUGUGGUUCCAGCACCUGAUCCAUAUUUGCAAUCUAUUGUAUUUUUAUUAGUCUUAAAAGUCUAGAUUUUAAUUCAAAAAUAAUUUUUUUAGAACUGUAAUUCUUACACUGGCGUAUUGUUCUAUGGGGUCGGCUUAUGACGGGGUUAUACAAUUUUCAGACUUUAACCCAGCCAAAAUUAGGGAUGUUGGCUCAUGAACAAGCGUGCUUAAGAAUGAAUAUAUACAUGUAUCAAAUAGUUUCAAUUCUAUUAUAAAUUUCUUUGUUGCCUCAACCUGUUUUCAGUAUUUAAUUUUUGCUUUAUUGUUUGCUGAACUAGGUCAUCGGCUCGAGUCCCCGCAAGGCACGCCGGACCAAGUUUACCAGCUGAUGUUGAAAUGCUGGGAGUACAACGAUGAGAAUAGACCACAUUUCAAAACCAUUCACAAAACACUCACGGAUAUUCACCGGAAAUUGUGAAAUGGUCAUGAGAAUGUGAACGAAACAAAAAAAAACAAAAUUGUGAACUCAAUAUUAUUUAUCGACCUUUCCAGGGAAUGAAACCUAACGGCUUUACUGAGUCUAGUUCAAAGUGUAAUAUGGCAAAGGAAUAUUUCAUGAUCUACCAGCCUUGACCUUUACAUCAUCGAGACAGAUGUUCCUCUUCACCCGAGUCAGCUGUCCAGGAAUACAUUCUUAGGCCGGAAUAUUGAGCAGGGAUAAAUAAGUUGCCGGGCAUAUAUUUCUUUACAAAGUUUCUGAUCAAAUAGAAGCCUGCUAUUUGUUAUGAUGUGCAUAUUGCUUUGCCAGUAGGCAUAGCUGAAUUUGACAAUUGAGACUUGGAUGGUGCUGAUAGAAUCUGAGGAUUCAAGAAAUGUUGCCUGUCU